AUGGCGGUGGUGGGAGGUUGGGGCAGCGUCGGGGAGAUGGUGUGGCUUUUUGGUGCCGGAGGUGGUGCCUCCUCUCAAGGCCGUGGUGAGGACUCGUGUGUCUACGCUGACAGCGAUGAGAUUGGCGCUGUGAAGGUGCCCAAGGAGCACCAUGCUGCAGUCGCCGCUCACCAGUUCCGUGGCUGGUGUCUCAGGUUUGUGCUCCGUGAUGGGUACUUUGCCAUUGUUCUUGUGAAUCCUUUGGUUAUAAUAAGACUUUUAUAG